AUGUGGGGCAAGAGGGCACUCUGGCAAUUGAUCUUCGUUGACGAUCUGCUUUGGUUACCAAAGCAGAAAGGGGAUGUAGCUAAGAUCAUGAUGGCGAUCUUCUUGUAUGUCUUGCUCGGCGUCCCUGUCUCCUGGAAGAAGUUCAUCGGCGGCUUGGAGUUCUCUUGGGUUGGAUUCGCUCUGAACAUCAGGAUUGCUGCGCUAGGAUUGUCUGCAUCUAGAGCGGCGUGGGCAAUUAACUGGCUAGAAAGUAUUGCUGCUCAAGGUCAUGUUCGUGUUGGGGAUAUGCGAGCUGCUUUGGGAAGAAUGUCCUUUGCUCUGUCUGCGCUUGGACAUUUGCGGCCAUUCCUCGGGCCAAUCUAUGCGUGGGUGGCAGUGCUCGACAAUACUACUCGCCGCUACCAACUCUCGAAGGCGAUCAUCCUGGUGUUGCUAUUCCUCGCCAAAGCAUUGAAGGGGCAAGGGAGACUGGCUCCGGUCGGAGUGCGUGCAACGUGCGAGAAGGAGCUGUUCCGGACAGAUGCGAGAGCCGAAGGUGACGAAGUUUGGACAGGUGGGUGGGCCAUGGACCACUCAGAUACCAAACAGUGUCGCUGGUUUUCUGAGCGACUCGACCACAAGACUGCGCCGUGGUUAUACACCUCUGGCGAGUCCUACAGGCAGAUCGCGUCGCUGGAACUCCUCGCCACGUUGGCGGCAGUGGUCGUCUUCGAUGUGCCAGAUGCAAGCAAGUGCUGCUUCCGUUGUUCGGCAGCAACCGAUAACAAAGGGAACAGCCAUGUCCUUAGUAGAUUGCUUACUACGAAAUUUCCGCUCAACGCGUUCCUGAUGGAGCUGGCGAUGCAGUUGCAGACACGUGGAGCAGAGCUGCAUCUCUUUUGGUUGCCGCGCCUGCAGAAUGUUGAAGCGGAUUCCUUGACGAACAAUGACACUGCAAGGUUUGACCCGAGCAUGCGCUUGCGCUUUGACCUUUCUUGCUUCACAGGUAUCGUGCUCCAUGACUUGCUUGAGACAGGAUCGCAGCUCUACCAGGAGAUCCGGAAGUCCAAGAAAGCGAAGGUUGAGAAAGGCGCAGCAGAGACCAUUGCCGAAGACAGCGGCCGCAAGGACCUCAUUGCGCUGUGGGGCAAAAUGAAGGUUGCAGUCCGCUUGCUUCUUGUCUGCGUAAAAAUCCCGCGGGGUGCAUGCGCAGCAUGCAUCAAAGUGGGAGGGCUUCCCGAUGUCGACGGGGCCGUGAACGUCUUGCGGGUGGAUGCCAAGGUCCCCCUGGACUUCAAAGCCCUGAACAAGCACUACGAGCGUGUCGGAAAGCUGCUUCAGCACUACGACCUGCUCUCCGUGAAGGCUUGCGACGCAAAGACGGGUGCCUGCCUCUUCACCUUUUGCCUUCAGAAUGGUCUGAUCCACUUAUGUUUUCAUCUCAUGGAGGGAAAGCUUGCGUGGCCGAGGGAAGGCAGCCGCAAGGCAGCUCCCCUCGUUAUUGGCGACGAGGGUGUCACGCUCAUGCUAGAGAUCAACCUGUCGCUGCUGCUCAUGGGCUUGAACCUUCCGGCUGUUGCUUUGCCGAAAGUGCAGGUGCAACUUGACGCCGGGGCCUGA